GCACAGUCGAGUCGAUGCACCAAACCAUGGGCAGAUAAGGCGCGCGCCACUCCCACCACACGCAGGGCGUCCAAGAAAAACCCCAUCGUCGGGCAUGGGGACAGCAGUGCUGCCCGUCGCCCACAAGCUCUCGCUCGCCUCCCCCUUCCUCCCGCGCCACCGGCGGCCCUGCCGUCCCCCCGCCCAGCAGCACUGCCGGCGCCGGCGCCAUGGGGCGGUGGUGGCCUACAUGGAGCCGGACCCGAACUCGCCGGCGGCCAUCCUGGGCCGCAUCGUCGGGGCCCUCCCCGUGGUGGGCCUGGUGGCGCGCAUCCUGAGCGACGACGGCGGCGUCGGCGGCGACACCGUCGACUUCGCCGAGUUCCGCCGCCGCGUCAGCAAGAAGUGCACCGUCAUGGACUCCCAGGCCUUCUACGACUUCAACGACCGCCGCGGCAAGGUGGGAGACCCCUUCUACGUCCUGCUCUGCUGCUGGCUGGCCGCCAUUGGCGCCGGGCUGCUGAAAACGGAGGAGAUCCUGGAAGGCGUGGCCCGACUCCGCAUGUCCAACGACAUCGAGUACGAGGAGGAGACCUUCCUCGACAUGAUGAAGAUUGCAAGGGAGAAACGGGCAAAGUCGAAGAGCCAGGCGCCGGUGAUACCGAUGGAGGCGCGGGCGGAGAAGGCGCUGGAGGCCAUCUACGUGUGCUGCUUCGGGCAGGACAUGGUGGAGCCGGAGGACGAGCGGCUGCUGUGCACCAUGCUGAACGCGGUGUUCCCGUCGGUGGGGAGGCCGGCGGUGGAGAGGAUGGUGUCCACCGUGGCCAAGGAGGUGGCCUCCGGCGAGAGGAGGGGCCCCGGCGCCAAGGUGGUGCCCAAGGAGGUGGCGCAGCGGCAGCUCAAGGACCUCGAGUUCCUCAAGCAGAACAAGCUGGACUCGAUAUGAGGAGGGGCUCCUUUUUUGGCAGGUAGAUCCAUGGAGAAAUGAGAAGAGAAUGAAUUUUGAUGUAGGCACGGUACGUAGGAGGAACCAGCUGCCAUCGAUCAUACUGCUGCAAGCAACGCCAUUUACAAGGUCGACUCCGUGCCUGCUAUCUCCCUUAUUGCGGUGUUCUUCAAGUGUGAUGUGAGUGGCACUAGCGCAUCAGAAGCUUGUAAGAUAGCACAGGAUUUGACUCGUGCUCCUUGAAAAGAAUGUUACCGGUUGUGGCACAUUCUCGAUUACUACUGCAUGUUAAUGAUGGCAUUUGUAAUUUGUCACUAGCAAUUAUGUUUGCUCAGACAGAAAAGGUAGAAAAUCAUUGCUAAAUUAGUUAUAUGUGGCAUGCACAUUUGUGCAUGAAUUUUUACAUAA